UCCUGCAAAGAUUUAAUGCACCUCAUUCUGUUACUCCUUCAGACCUCUGGAGGCUUCGUUCUGGAGUCCGUGGGCUCCACUGCUGCGCCGACAGUGGCAUCUGCUGCUUUUGUUCCCGCAGAGGCUGCCCCACAGCUGUCUGCGGGAGCGGACAGUGCUCUGGAUGCUCUUUCAGAUUCAUUAAAGGAUAUCACACCUGCACCUCAGCCUGCCCCAGUUCCUGCAAAAGACAUUGUUAAGGAGAAAAAAGUCGUUGAAGAGAAGCUGAUUAAGAUGGGAGAGAGAGAUGACACACUGCCACCAGAGUAUCGACCCACUGAGGAGGAUCUCAAGAAAAUGGCAGAAGAAAAAGCAAAAGGAGAUGCAAAACCCAAGGAGAAGACUAUGGAUGAUAAAACAGCUUUGGACUUGCUGUCCAGUGACUUUGCUGCAGCGUCUCAGCCCGCUGCUGCGUCUCAGCCCGCUGCAGCGUCUCAGCCCGCUGCAGCAGCUGCAUCCUUUGCAGCCACAUCAAAGCUGGAACCUCCUGUGCUGGACUCAGCGCCCCUGAAGCCAAUGCCUGGUCCUGUCCUGGAUUCCCUGUCUGGCACGCUGCUCCCAGAAGCCCCAGAGUUCCAAUCUAAGACCGAAAAACCAAAGAGCAAGAGCAAGUCAAAGUCAAAGGCUAAAAAACAUGCAGAGGUGCCUUCUGCCACUGAUCAGCUACCAGCUCAGCCAAGCUCAGACGUCGUGCCAAAAUCUACAAAGAAGGGAGGAAGGAGCUAGACCACUAAGUUGUCGGCACAAUUUGUUCUCCCGGCCACAGGGACGCAACGGUGAGGGAGCUGCUCUCUGGAUAGUAAUUCUAUUU